UAACGUUGGGGUCGGAUUGCGUUGCAGCAGCAAGCAGCGGCGGCGGCAGCAGCAGCACGGACAUCGGGCUCGGGGCACCAAAAGCCGAUGGUGAAAGGAAGCAGGCGCCGCCGACUGCCCUCAAUAACAUUCUCGUUGUCCGUUUGUUUCGAGACAUUCACUAUUUCCACAAUAACCAUUCGGCAUCCUAUCCGUUUACUUAGCCAGCUCAAAAGUAAUGCCCGCAAUCUAUGUCUGGUUACUCGACUUGAAUUUCGCACAUCACCUAUGUUUUAUGUCGUCGGUUUCGAGGUUUGUUGGCGCAGUAUUAUUCGCAGAGAAAGCGAGCCUCGGGAGAAAUUUAUAGCUGGAGAUCUACACAGGUCGACUUCAGGAAAUAUCGCAUUAUCCCUGCUGACGUCACUGUCGAGGCAUCAAGCGUGCCGCUACAGACAAAUGCAGUGCAAUCGAUGAGUAAAUCUACUUUAGCUGGUAGAACAUCCAGCUGCUCUUUUGCAAUGUGAUCUUAAUGCAAACAGAGGCGGUCGAAGGAU